UUAUAAUUAACUAUUAAUUCAUUCUUAGUAGAUCAGUUGUAAAUUAAAAUGAAAUUAUUUCAGCAUUUAUGUCUAAUUCUGCUUGCAUUGGUGACUGGCGGUUCGUCUCAAAGAUGUAGAAAUAGUCCACGUGUCUCCAUCUGUACUGGUCCACGUAAUAUCGGUCGUAUCUGUCGUGGUUGUUUACCCAGUAACAUGUGGUAUUAUGAUGGUAGGCAAUGUCGUGAAAUGCGCUUUUUGGGUGCUGGUGGGAAUAGUAAUCGUUGGUGUACGAGGGCUAUAUGUGAGCAGAGAUGCCGUCGUUAAAUGUUCUAAAUAUGUAUUCUGAUUGAAAAUUUAUGGGAAAAUAAGGAACUACAAAAAAUUUUAAAUUUUAAUGAAACCCCACAAUUCAAGUG